UAUAUGUCACCUGGCCCACCUGCGCCGACACUAGAGCGUGAUCCGCUGGGCUUACGGGGCUGUGUGCGUGCAAACUGCUACAGACACCCCUGCGGAAACAGCCAUGCCAGGAGAAGUACUGCUCGCUGCCUUCCUCCUCCAGCUUCCUCCGCUCGCUUCGAGCUACCCCACGGGGGCUCCGGCCUCUGCCUGUGCGGACAUGACUCCUCACCACGGUGGGGCACAAGCUCAGGCCACCCCGGCCCCCUACACCAUAUACAUCAGCAACCACACCUUUCGCGUCGACGAGCCGAUCACAGUGACCAUCAAGGGACCCAACUACACAGGGCUGCUGCUACGGGCUCAGAGUAGCAGCCGUGCCGACGCUUUGGGGGUCUGGCAGCCGCCCCCAGCUAAUACUAAAUAUCUACACUGUUCCGGUAACGCGCACGGAGCCAUCACCCACUCCAACAUCGAAGUCAAAGACAACAACACUGUGUACACCUGGAUACCUCCCAGAGGAAUGGACCACAUCCACUUUAUAGCCACAGUGGCUCAGGAAAAGACAGUUUUCUGGGUGAACAUAAAGUCAGAAUCACUGACCAGAGAAGACACGGGCCUGCCUGACGGAGGCCCCCCGCUGCAGCACCAGGGAAUCCUACUGAUCCUCCUGCCCGUACUCCUGUUAACACUGCUGAGAACCAGCUAGCUGCCCAAGCUCAGCGACACCAAGGCUGGGCCUCAGCACUCUGAGCGAAAAGGAACUUUCUUUCUGCAAUUCUGUGGACACACUGUAGGACAACAAAGCAGCCAUUGUUACGUAGAAGCAUUAUGCUUUGUUGAAAUUAUUCAUCUUUCAGCAUUAUUUUGUGGAUGUUUCUCAGCUUGUACUGUAUAUAAAUACAUUUGUUAGCUUAGCAGUUUAUAACAUUUGAAAUGGUUAAUCGCCUUAUGUAAUUGCUGAAAUAUAAAUCUAUAUCUGGAAUUAAAAAAAUGUAAAAUAUAUAAAGAUUGCAAAUGUUCCUUUUAUUAUUUUCAGAUUAGGUUAUUAGUCUAUAGCAUCGCUUAGGCUUGGAAGCUUUGCUGUUAAAGGGUCUCACAUCUUUUGUGUACGGAUGAAAAGAGAGAAUCUACCAGAAAAAAAAUUGAGAAGAUAAGAAAAUAGCACAUUUUACAAUAUUUCAAGAGUGAUUUUUUCCAAAGUAGAGAAACAAUAUGGGUUUGAAUGAC